ACCAGUUUAUGGCGCAGCACGAACCUAUAACAAAGGCUCGCGUAGCCACAUCUCAUAUAAUCUUCUAGAGCUUCUGGCGGUCGUUGUAGACUUAAAACUACAAACAAACAAAAAAUAUCUUAUUUUACAAUUGUAAAAAUUUGAAGGAUGUUUGCUACUCGAUCUGCAGUUGUCUUUAAAGCAUGGAGUCCAGGCUCAGUGCUCUCAAAACGGGUACCCUGUGCUCUAGCCGCCCGCCUGUUUGGGUCUGAGUACCCCAUGGUCGAUAAGGACUUUGAUAUGUUUAGAGCUCUAUCGCCCAAACAAAUAUCUCCAAAGACGGACUACAUGAUUGCAGGGCGCCAGUUCUUACCCGGCUCAAAGGGACCAGGAUUCCCUAAGCUUCUUCGUAAGCCGCGAGAGGGUUUUCCGUUCGCAGUCCAAGCUUACCCAGACCCGUCCUUUUCUAUCGAGCAGUGGGCGAGCCAAUCCCGACAAUUUAUCGACGAAAACCUGCCUCGUUACGGCGCCAUCUUGUUACGCGGUCUCCCCCUGAGGGAGUCGUCUGAUGUGAGCGAUUUUGCUUUAUCUCUUGGUUAUGAGGCCAUGAAGUAUCCGGGGGGAGGCGCUGCGGACCGGAGCCUCCAUGACGCCGCAGCUUCGGUGUACACAGCCAGUAAUGAGCCGCCCGAAUUUACAAUCGAACUUCACCAUGAGCUGGGCUAUCUACCGACAUACCCACGAAAGGUAACCAUACGUCCACGAAAGGUACCGACAUACCUACGAAAGCUGGUGUUUUUCUGCGUGCAAGAGCCGGCCGAAGGGUGUGGUGGAUUGACGGUUAUCAGUGAUAAUAAGGAAUUCACAUCCCGACUCGACCCACAACUCAUCCAAAAACUAAAGGAAAAGCACAUCCGCUACAUUCAUAAGCUCCCGGAUGAGAGCGUGACCAACUACGUAUCCUGGCAACAGACACUCAAGACAAAGGACAAGAAGGAAGCAGAAGAGUUUCUGACGCGAGGCGGCUACGAGUACUGCUGGCACAAGUCACGUGACACGCUGACGUUCUGGAACACGCUCCCCGCCUUCAUUCCUCACCCUGAAACCGGAGAAAGCAUUUGGUUUAACUCAGUCCACAUCAGCCACAUCUCCGGCCUCCUGGAGUCCCCCAUGUUCCCCGGUUACGACAAGAUGCAUACAGUGUACGUCUGGAAUGCACAGUAUGGAGACGGAAGUGACAUUGAACCAGAAGUCAUCCAGCACAUCCGGGCAUGCUACUGGCAGAGCACUGUGGGAUUUCAGUGGAAGACAUCUGAUGUGUUGGUUGUGGACAACAUGGCGGUGCAGCAUGGGAGACUUAGUUUCCAAGGUGACAGAAAGAUUCUGGCUUUCCUAUUGGCUAAUUAGUUACGUUACUUGCGUGACAUUACUUUUGUCGUCACGCCUCGUCUCACUGUGGCGUGACCAAGUGUUGUCUCGUUGUUGUUAUGACAUAACAACAUAAACACCGACGUACGGAGUAGCCUAAAAAACGAAGAGACAUCGACAAAUAUUAUAAUUUUAUAAUACAUAUAUAUAUAUAUAUAUAUAUAUAUAUUUAUAUAUAUAUACAUUUUUUAUUAACAUAGUUCGCAGAGUGUAAUUUCUUACACUACGUAUCGUAAGAGACACAACAAAGAUAAGAAUUUUAAAAUUGGCAUUUUUAUUAACGUAUUUUGCGAAUUAGAAUUACUUACAAUACGUAUGAGUGCUGAUAAUGAUAUAUAGACUACACGAGUAGAAUGUACUCUCAGAAGUAAUGCAAUCGAAAUUCAGGGAAGCUUUUUCAAUAUCAUUUAUAAAUAUUCAUAGAAAAGCUAAUCCAAGACAGGUGAUAUUUUUAUUGUAAAUAUUUUUUUUUCAGAAAAGUCUUUAACUUCAAUAAAAUGUAAAAUAAUAAGUAACAAAAGAAUAACGUCUAAAUGUAGAAAUGGAUCCUCAUAAAAAAGCGCGGGCAUUUUAAA